UGUUUGGUUGUUGUUCACAAAGAAGGAUCGAUCUCGACGCUUUAAAAGGAGCAAGACUAAUAUUUGACGUCGAUAGUCAUGUGUAAUUUGAACAGCUUGAUGAUGGAUUACAAUUUAUUAAGUUUGAUUUUUUCUCUUUAGCAUAGUGUUAUCGAAAUAACUGUGGAUGUACAAAGAAAAGCGACUGAGUAUUUAAACAGCUUGGCACAAUCGAUCGCAGACGACAGUUCGGGAUGAAAGAAACUGUCUAUUCGAUAUAGUUCCUGCUGGUGAUCGCAUGCCGCCAAAUAUUUGGAAGGCUGAUGUGUCGUCUGCUACCAACUUCAGGACGUGGAUUUAGAGCGGAGAAUUCACUGUGAAAACUAGUAUUGAUUCUGGCUAUUGCGCGAGAUGUAUGGAGCUUUCGAAAACUGCUGUAUAGUAUUGUGAUAUAAAACCAAAUAUUGGAUUUAUAAACAAAAACCAGCUCUUCUUGGGAUUUAAAAAUACUAUAUUCAAUAAACUUCAAGAUUAAAAUUCAUUAAAAUAUGGAUUUGAGAAUAUAAUGGCAAAUUCAUUUGUCAGGAGGAAAAACCUACUGGUGUUUUAUUCAGCUCAUUCUCAUGUGCGCUACGUGGAAUAGUUAAAUGUACUGGAUUAGCGUCAAUUCUGUGAUAGAAACGGCUACAACGACAUAAAAAUUGAAUAUAUUUACAGUGUGAAAUUAUUUAGGUCGCCAAAAUGUCAUCGUCACAAACGAGAAAAAUAUCCACUACAGAUCGGAAAGGUGUUCAGUCCCUGUUUAUACCGGCCGUUCCCCAAAUCGUCCUGAACGCGGACGAGAAAGCAGACUCUAACUGUAGCACAAUACCCCAUUCCCGAUCAGCUGGUGAGCUGGCUACGUGUAUGGCCGGUGUGUCUGGGACUUCAAGCAAAGCUUCCAGUGGGAAUGCCAUAAAUUGUAACGGGAAAGAAGCCGAGUCCAGAAACGUUAUAGAUAUAUAUUGUUCUCCGAGACUUCCGAGGCGAUCUUUUCAACAAUACGGGAGCCAUAAUUCAGCUCACUGUGAUGAUGACACCAAUUGGUUGGAGACGUAUGACUCUAACACGCUCCCUAAUAAACUGGGUCCAGGAAGUCGGGUUGGGAGUGCUGUGUCCCUAACAAGCGAGUAUACAGCUCGCAGCGUUGGUCUUAUAUCAAACGACUCGUCAUCCGAUAGCACACAAUUUUCGGACAAACUUGAGCUGAUUAAACACAAACAAAGUCUACUGAGGCGAUACGUAUCAAAUCCCGAAAAACCAAACGAUGUCUAUGACACUCAAGUUCAAAGGUGUACUAAGUCUGUUAAUAAUUUAAAUAACGAAUGUGGACAACAGAUGUUUGUCAAUCAAAGCAAUUCUAGUACGGACGGAAGUUUUCCUGAUCUGGGUCCCCUAGCGGGAGUUGAAAGGGAGCUAACAAAGGUCAAAACGCAGAGGGACUACGAAGAGUCGGACGAUGGUUUUUCAUCGACCAUGGUUACUAUGGUAACUGACGAGUUAGCUGUAAAAGAAGGAAGGGUUCGUCAAUGGCUAACGGAAAUGGGUUCCACCAAUGAAUAAUCACUUCCGGUUUAGUAUAAUUGUUAUUUUCAGAAACAUUUACCUUUGACGAUAUGUGUCCCCCUUCACUCAUAUUUUGUUUUUCAGCUAUGUGAAUAUUUUGCUGAAAUGUGUUUGACAAUUGAAUAUAUUUUAAAACAUUUAACUACAAAUGAUGGUAAACGAAAUAUUGGAUUUUAAGCUGUUUCUUCAUUGUUUUUAUUCUUGUGAUUUUAACUUAAA